UCAUAGCCAACCUGUUGUCCACCAGGACGCCCAGGUCCCUCUCUGCAGAGCUCCUCUCCAGCAGCUCAUCCCCCAUUCUGGCUCUCCUUGUGGAAAGAUCAUUUUUUACAUCUUUUCUGUUGAAGGGGACAUUGUUCCAUGUAUAUGAUCUAUUUGUAUGAAAAUACACAAAUAGUCAUUUGAACUUGUGGAUAUUAUUUUUAACUGUGACUGCAGUAUCAGUGAACUGGUUGAUAAAAUCUUUGUUUUCAAAGCAAUUACAAUUGUUUCUAUUUCUGUAGCGUCACACCGUAGUUUCAGUGGCUAUCUUGCUUGAGCAAUCUUUUUCCCCACCAAUCCUCCUCUCUGGCUGCUGUGGGGCAAAAUAGAUCAAGGAGCUAAGUGAUGCAGCUGGAAAAAAAAAUUCUUCCAUGUGGACUAUUUUUCAGCCUGAUUAAUUCCCUUGUGUCUAAGCAAGUAUGCUGUUAGGAGGUAGGAAGACAAGGAGGCUGCUGAAGUGGCUGUUACUAUCAGUUGUGUACUUGCACAAAGAUUCACAGAUUAGAAGAGUAAUGCAGUGCAAGUGGAUAGAUUUCUCGUGUUCAAAGACGCUUGCUUAAAAACAUCCACGUGCAAAUGGAGUCUUCUGCUGAUGUUACCUGAAAGCAUCCUGAAAAAGCUAUUUAUUGUGAUUGAAUGCACUGUGGAGACCAAGAACAGUUGGGCACGAGCACCUGUUAGAAUUAUAGAAUUAUUUGAGUUGGAAGAGACCCUUAAAAGCCCUCUUGUCCAACUCGCCUGCAAUGAAUGGAGCCACAUACAGCUCCAUCAGGUGCUCAGACCAUCAAGCCUGACCUUGGAUGUCAGAGAUGGGGCAUCCACUGCCUCACUGGGCAACCUGUGCCAGUGCCUUACUACCCUUAUCGUAAAAAGGUUCUUCCUUAUGUCCAAUCUGUAUCACCUCUCUUUUAGUUUGAAACGAUUUCCCUUUGUCCUAUCACAAGAGACCCUGCUAAAAAGUCUGUCCCUCCUUUCUUGUAUGUUUAUUUAUACAUACAGGGGCAGGAUCACCUCCCUUGCCCUGCUGGCAGUGCUUCUUUAGGUGCAGUCCAGGAUACAGUUGGCUGCGUGGCCUGCGAGGGCACAUUGCUGGCUCACAUCCCCAGGUCUUUUUCUGCAGGGCUGUGUUCCAUUCUUACAUCCCCCAGCUGGUACUGAUAGCAGGGGUUGCCGUGACCCAGGUGCAGACCUUGCUCUUAGAUUUAUUGAACAUCAUGAAGUUCAGCUGGGCCUGCUGCUCAAAUUUGUCAUUGUCUCUGUUAGGCAGCCAGCACUGACCUAGAAGUUUUCAGCCAUUAACUUACUGUGAAUGGACAUUCUCUUCCAUGUCAAUGUAUAUUAAUUGUUUCAAAACAGCCAGGAGCAGAAUUUGGAUGAAGCGAUCUGCCUAAGUUGCCGUCAUGAGCAGAAGCAAGCGUGACAACAAUUUCUACAGCGUUGAAAUUGGAGAUUCUACAUUCACUGUAUUGAAACGGUAUCAAAACUUAAAACCGAUAGGAUCAGGAGCGCAAGGAAUAGUAUGUGCAGCCUAUGAUGCCAUCCUUGAGCGAAACGUUGCAAUCAAGAAACUAAGCCGACCAUUUCAGAAUCAAACCCACGCUAAAAGAGCUUACAGGGAGCUUGUUCUUAUGAAGUGUGUUAAUCACAAAAAUAUAAUCGGCUUACUGAAUGUGUUCACACCACAGAAAUCCCUAGAAGAAUUUCAAGAUGUCUACAUAGUAAUGGAGCUCAUGGAUGCAAAUCUCUGCCAAGUAAUUCAGAUGGAGCUAGACCAUGAACGAAUGUCCUAUCUGCUUUAUCAGAUGCUGUGUGGUAUCAAACAUCUUCACUCGGCUGGAAUUAUACAUAGGGACUUAAAGCCCAGUAAUAUAGUAGUAAAGUCAGACUGCACUUUGAAGAUUCUUGACUUUGGACUGGCCAGAACUGCAGGAACUAGUUUUAUGAUGACGCCUUAUGUAGUGACUCGUUACUACAGAGCACCAGAGGUCAUCCUAGGGAUGGGAUACAAAGAAAACGUGGAUUUAUGGUCUGUGGGGUGCAUUAUGGGCGAAAUGGUUUGCCACAAAAUCCUCUUUCCAGGAAGGGACUAUAUUGAUCAAUGGAAUAAAGUUAUAGAGCAGCUAGGAACACCGUGCCCCGAAUUUAUGAAGAAAUUACAGCCCACAGUUCGAACUUACGUGGAGAACAGACCCAAGUAUGCUGGAUAUAGCUUUGAGAAGCUUUUUCCAGAUGUCCUUUUCCCAGCUGAUUCUGAACACAACAAACUUAAAGCAAGUCAAGCAAGGGAUUUGUUAUCAAAAAUGCUGGUUAUAGACGCCUCGAAAAGAAUUUCUGUGGAUGAAGCCCUCCAGCACCCAUACAUCAAUGUUUGGUAUGAUCCAUCAGAAGCCGAAGCUCCUCCACCAAAGAUACCAGAUAAGCAGUUAGAUGAGAGGGAGCACACAAUAGAAGAAUGGAAAGAAUUGAUAUACAAGGAAGUCAUGGACCUGGAGGAAAGAACCAAGAAUGGGGUUAUACGUGGGCAGCCAGCUCCUUUAGGUGCAGCAAUGAUCAAUGGCUCUCAGCAUCCAUCUUCGUCGUCAUCUGUCAAUGAUGUGUCUUCAAUGUCAACAGAUCCAACAUUGGCCUCUGAUACAGACAGCAGUCUAGAAACCUCAGCUGGACCUCUGGGUUGCUGUAGAUGACUACUUGGUCUUUUGGGGGGUGGGAGGGGGUUCCUUUUAGUCAUUAAUAGGGCACCUUUAAAAUUUGGUGGUAUUUUUGAGUGUUUUUUCAAAAAUAAUCAUAGAAUUCAUCAUAAAGUGCUGUAAUUUUAAACUGUAAGUUGUGUUAAAAGCAGCCACUUUUUUUGCUGUAAUUAACUGUAAAAUAUUAAACCUGAUAAUUUUUAUUGUGGUUUUAAAAUCUGCAUAUUUGCUUUACUAUUAUGCUGCUGACCUUUUUUUUACUGAAUUUGUAAGAUUUGUUUUAUCAAAGCACAUAUUAAUGUUGUGGUCAUUACCAUAUCAUGUAUUAUUUAAGAUUUUAUAGGUUUUCAAUUUUUUUAAAUUUAGAAUUUAUUCCAGAUGUUUUGUUCAUGAUAUCCUUGGAAGUUUUAUGCUUGGUCAUAUGUCCAUAUUGAGGGGGAGAGAGAGAUGGGUGCAUCCAGCUGUAGGCUUUUUGGAGCGUGCUGCUAUGGUGCUGACAGUGAAUAAUAUGCUCUUUCAUUUUGGCCACUUGCCUUUAAUACUUGAGUAAAAGCAACAAUUACUGAAUUUUGUUAGAGAAACAGUAUACAGUCCUUUGUAAAGUAAUUUCAUUUGAAUGGUUUUAUGAUCUUAAGAAAGCAAAGCCUACCUUCAAAGCUGCAGAAGCAUCUAGCCUAACAAAGAGAUGCGAUGUCUUCUGCACAACUGUGGCAUGCCAAAUCUCAUGAUCACCAUAAAACAAGAGGAUACUUCAUGAAUAAUACAUUACAAUGCAAAUAAACUGUUUACUUCUAGCUUGUAGCCUGUUUUUGUACACAAAACAAAGGUGUAUCCAGGACGUCUAAAUGCCAACAGGAAGAACAAAUAUGCUGUAGUUAUACUUCCAUCUAGUAUAUGGUUCUUAGGAGUUUAGUUUCUUGCUACUUUUGUCUGCAAGGGUGAGUGCUUUCUGGGGAGAAGAGAAAAGGAUGUGAAUGCAGCAGGGGCAAAAUUUCAGCUAUUCUUUCUCCACCAAAAAUAACCAAUCGCUAAAAAGUGGUAGAAGAACCUCAGGAAGCUUCCUGUAGCUAAGCAUUAAGUGAGCAAUAUGUGCCAUCCAAAGGAGGGAGAAAUAGUGCUGUGUAAAUUAAUGCAUAUCUCUUUCAUUUGACUGGGAGACCACUGUAGCAGAAGUCUUAGUAAUGGUUCACUUUAAGUCAUUAAUAUGCAGUAGUUUUCAGCACUGAAACUGCAGGUUUGAAUACAAUUUUUAAACAACAGAUAUAUUGAAAUAUGUAGAACAGUUACUAAAUAGUCAUGUAAAAUGGUACUGCUCCUCACAGAAGUAUUUUAACUGUUUACAUUUUAUAUUUACAGAAUGAUUUAUGUAUAACUGACUUAAGUUUAUGUAUGAGUUAAACAAUCAUUCAGAAUUUGUUCCUUUGGAAAAUGCAGAUUUUUAGUGAAGCUAGGCUGUGUAAUUGAUUGCCAUGUGUAGAUGCAUAUUUUGUGUAGUGAAUUAGAAUGUAAAGAGGAAUUUAAAUUAGUAAUGCUCACCAAAAUGAGCAUAAAAAUUACGGAAGUCUUGCCAGGCACAGAGCAGAAGCAAAUAAUGUGACUGGCUACAAAGGUCAUCCCGGAGCGACUGAUGCUCUUCAGUGUGGUUCCUUCGCUUUGUUGGGUUAAAAGUCUCUUUUGUGGUUAGAAUGGGAAGAGGGAAAUUCAUCCUUGCAGCAAAGUUUCAGAAAAAUGUAAGUGACAGCAAUGCCUUCAACAUCUAAUGUGUCUCUUGAAAAAAAAUGCAGGAUACAAGGAGUGGUAAUGUCUCAAAGAUGACUAAAUUGAUAAACUGCACAGUUGUUUCCCUGGCCUGGCUAGACUACUGGUAAGUGCUAUUUGUGUGUGUAACUUUGGUUUCCUCAUUUGUAUGGAAUAUUUCAAUAUUGCCUUUCUAAACCACAUUUGUUAAGGCAAUUAUUUUUAUGGGAUCCUGCCAAAUUGUAUAUUACCUCAGAAUAGGCAGAUCUUAUUGGACUUUUCUCACACUGGAACAUAGAAAAUCUGCUCGAUUUGAACAGAGACCAAUAGAACAGUAUAUUUUGUAUUUUUUUUUUUAAUGAAAGCUUAAACUGUGAAUUAAGCCAAAAUUUUUGGUCAUAGAACAGUACUAUUUUGCUACGCAAGGGUUAACCUGGAGUAUGAAGUUAACAUACUGACAAAAUCAAAUUCAGAUGCCUAUAGAUUCUCUAAAGAAUGGGAUUUGGUAAAUAUAAUCCCUAUUUCAAUUGAUUUUGGACCCCUUUGUAUUGCAGUGAUGACUGAAGUAUUUGGAAACUUUAAUUUUUGAUAUCACUUUCCAGUGUCCUAAAGAAAAAUUGCUUUAAAAUGCAUAUUGAGUGAAUCUGACCAUUAUUUUUUUUCUUUCAACAUAAAUAGGCUGAGUCUAAUAUUACUGCAGCAAGCAAUCAAUAGUAACUUCAUUUUGCUCAUAAUCUCUAAGAGGAAUUGAGUUUUUCUUUUCUUGUAAUGUAGUGUUGAUGAAUGGCUGGGACUGUUCUCUGCAACCUGUAACAGUAUAAAGUGAGCCAUGUUUAAAGUGAUUAUUUCACUGAGGUCCAAGGGUCCACCUGUAGUCCUCUCCUAGCAUCGUCUUCAUAGCAGCGUUACUUGCUUUUCUUCUUCCACUUGAUUGCAUUUUAGGCAAACUUAAAAGACAAGUGAAUCAGAUUCUCAGUAACCAAGUUACUGCAACAGUAGGCAAGUCUUAUUUCUUUUUAUUUGUUGAAGUAUAAAAUGAUUUCAGAGAGAGUUGUGCACUGCCGCAAAUAGCAAACAAAGGGAAUGAGUGCAACUGCUCUUGUAUAUUCUAUUGCCAGCUCAUAUGCUAUCUAAUACACUGUAAAAAUUUAUUCCUGAAAUAUUAAGCUUUAUUUCAGUAUACGAUUUCAAAAUCUUUUCACAGUAACAGGCUUUACUAAAGUGCAUGCAAUGUUCCACUUCUAGGGCCGUUCCAGCCCAUUGGAGUUGGUAGGGAUUGAAUUACAGUGAGCUGUGUCUGAUUUCAUGUCAGGUGAGCUUAAAAGUUGAGCAGUAAUAAUAUUAAUUCCCACCUUUUGUGGCGGGCUCUAAAAAAGCUCCUCUCCCUUUGCAGAAGUAGGUUCCUCAGGGUUUUUAAAUAGAUGGAAAGAUGGGGGAGAGAGGGGGGGAAGUUAAUACUGUUACUGUGUGCUGUACCUCUGCUCUGUGAUGUCUUUUGAUCUGUGAAGUCUUUUGUUGAGGCUACACAGUGGGGUUGGUGUGUGUUAGUGUGUGUGUGAGGGCGGAAGCUGGACUGCCAGAGCAUCAGCUGAACAACCUUAGAGCAGCCUGACUGACCAGGCCACCUCUGCUUCACUCCUUCAGCUAACCUGAAGAGACGUGGCCCUUUCCCCUGUGUAGGUACUAUGCAGCUUGGAUUUUUGGUUUAGAAAAAUCUUACUAUACUGUAUGUACAUUAGUUUCUUUUUGGAUGAGAAUUCCAGCUAGAUACAAAGAUAAUGUCAGUAUGAAACUGGUAAGCCUUCCUGCCCCAUGCACACACAGAAUCAUGUAAUCACGUGUGUGUGAAUUUAAGAGGAUGUAGUGAGCUGUAAAGAGAUGGUUGUGGCAAUAGCACCCUCUGCUGUUUCAGUGUACAAGCAGAAUGUUAUUGAUGGGCUUGCUUUAUGGAAAAUUGCUUCUCUGAAUGUAAAGGCUAUUCUGUUAGAAGGAAAAACUCAGCACCUUGACUGACAUUUUAUAUUUAUAAUGCUUCAGCAUUAAUACAUUCGGCAUUAAUCUCAACAUUGCAUAAAGAAGAUGGUCAAAGAGCUAGUACAGGUAGAUAGUUCUUGCCCAACCAGGAAUCCAGUAUUUGCUGUUAACAACAGCUUGUUCACAUUGUUAUAUUUCAUUUGUUAAAUUUCAUUUGCCUGUUAAAUUUUUGGUUCACCUGUCCGGAUAUAGUUUGAGGAUUGGCGCUGAAAGAGAGCAGUCUGCAUAGGAUUAGGAAGAAUCUUAAUGGAACCUGUGAUGAGACUCUACUGCCUAACUAAAUUCUAGUUUGUUUUAUUUAUCUUUAGUUAUGGGCACUGGAUCAAAAUGAUAUUUCGGUUGAUCUCUUUUAUGCCCUAACACGGAUCUCUCUUCUUUAUGGAUGUGUUAGCAUAGAUAGCAUUGUUUCCACUUUUGCCGUUAAAAUUUGAAGCAAGGUUUUCUUGAUCUACCUCACACAAACCACCUACGUUUCUAAAUAAGCAAAGCUACCCCUUGCUAUUGGAACUACACUGAAUGUGAAAUAGAAAAUUACACUUCCUUUAGAAAAUUGAACCCUUUGGCCAAUGUUGAGACAAUAGCAGUAGUUAUGUUUCUUAUAUAUUUCACGUAAGAUGUUCAUGUGUAAUAUAUAGUUCGUGUACAAUAAUGUACAUCUAGAAUAUUGUGUUAGCUGUAAAUUGGUGAUUUUAUUAUUGUAGUCUGGUUUUGUAGGUAAAAAUAGCUUACUAGUAGUGUCAGCUCAUCCUUUACAUUUUACAAAAGGAAUAAUUCUUGGUAAGCUUUGCAUACAGAUGAAUUACUUUUGUAGGCCCAAUAUCUAGUCUAUUUUUGAGAGUUCUUUAACUUUUCUUACUGAAGUUGAGAAAGGAAAAAAAAACCACCUUAACGAUUGUGAUCAUUCCUUCUGCCCCUUUUAAAGUAUAUUCUUAAUUUUGUUUUGUCCCAGGAAAUACUAAGGGGAAAAUACAUCAUGAAAAAUAGUGGGAGAGCUAUUUUUUUUCUUCCCUGCAUUUGAUAGCUUUCCUGUUUUUCUUUUAUUCCCUCCAAAUAAGCUGUUGGUGGGGCAUUACUGAAAGCAUUGUGGUUUUUUCAAUCAUUCAUGCCAUAGGUCAUUACAUGUGCACCACUGGAAUGUAUACAUUGUUAUCUAGUAUGUUAAUUGGUUAUAAUGAUAUUU